CCCCAAUACCUCCAGUUCCGAGCUCCAACUCUCCUUCGGGGUCUCUUCCUGCUAACGGCCGCCCUCCGAGGCUGUUGAUUCGCUCUACGACCUUGAUGCAGAUUAGACCGAACAGGCCAACAGUCACUCGUUCAUAUCACUAUUCGUGGGAACAGCUUGCUUUCACCGUUGUUGUGGCUGGGAGGGAAUAAAAAACGUCGACCGUCUAACCGUGAACUGGUGGACUUUCGCCGCUAUCUCUUCUACAUUGCUACCUCAUGGCUUCCUCGGAGGUGGACCAGAAGUUCCUCGGCAAAUUAGCCAAGGCGGUCGAGAACGAUAACCCUCUCCUUGCAUCGGUCUUGUUCAAGAUUCUAGGGCUCUCCAUCAACCUAUCUGAACAACUCAUCAGUGCCCGGAAGCAGCGUCGACAAGAUGCAGCUCAGACAGAAGCCUCGCUCGACUUGACCCUCCACAUCAUUUGGUUGUCCCGCGAAGGACUGGUAUUACUGCAGCAAUACGUUUUACCUAUGGUAGGGAACUAUGUGGAGCUAAAGGUGCUGGCGUAUAAGUUGCGCGCUUCCUUCUACCACAUCUUUGUUCUCUUUCACAACACACCACCCGUCUCCACCAUGGGCAUGAACACGCCCGAGAGCCAGACAACGUCGACCGUCCCAGGACUGCCGACAAGAGUGGACAAGGGGAAAGGGGUUGCGAGAGAUGGGGACGAGGAUACGAUCCAGAAUCGCCAACAUGUGCGCGGUGCCGAUGGUGGGCCCGUAGGACCUCCCCCGGGGUUUGGACCGACACCCCCUUCAGCCUUCUUACUGAAGCCCGGUGAUUACCUUCCGGAAGCACACCAAUAUUUCCGCGAAGCGGUUCAACUGGCCGAGGAGCUAUUAUGGGGGUCACACUCGCUCCGACUCUCGGUCAAGACCGAGUACGCAGCCUUCCUCUACGAAUGCGUCCACGAUGCCGAGGCCAGCCGAAAGUUGGCAAAGGACACCAUUGCCGAGGUGUACGAGGCAACAGAGGGCAUCGAUAACGACAUGUUCACUGAUGCCUGCGAGCUGGUCACGGUGCUCGGUAAAAUGAUGAAACGGGGGCUGGGGUCAAACACAAACACGGCACUCCGGAGUAAAGCCCACGGAUCUAGCUCAGGCACAGAGGGGACUCCGCAGACGGAACAAGCUGAAGGAACCGCACCACCAGGGAUGAUAUGACGCCGCUUGGUUGGAGGCCAGCGGGUCCCCCGACAAUUUCUAUCUUUGACAACGGCUUCACCCUAUCUCAAGCUCUGAUCUUAUCCCGUCCAUAGCAGCAUUUCCGGUC